GCCGAUUGGACUUGGGGUACACCACAAUACGGCUACUAGAAAACCAUGCAAACCGACAACAAUCAGAGCAAGACAAGAGAGGAUUUAUAGAAGAAAACUUCGCAUAAGGCAACUUUAGUUCGCCUGCAACGACGAGAAAAACAUUCGCAUCUCUUGUGCACGUUUCUUGUGCUCUUCGUCGGACUCUUUCUGGUGAUGACCACCAUGUACGUCUUGGAAAAACGAAAACAACUCAAGCAGGCUGAGCAAACAAAUUUAGUUAUAAGCGAAGACCCUGUCUCUACUAAUAAACCUGAAAUAACUACUAGUUUCCCUACGAAACGACCUCGUUCACCAUCGGUUUGCAAAUCCAUGGACUGUAUUCUCACAAUAACAGAUCUACUGAACAGCAUUGACCCAAGAAAAAAUCCGUGUCAAGACUUCUACGAGUAUGCUUGUGGAGGGUGGAUGAAGAAGCAUAAAAUACUUAAAGGGUAUCCGUUUGUUGACGAAUGGGUUCUUUCGCAGAAGAGAGUCACAGAUUUCCUUAAAGAGUUUCUUAUUAACAAGGAGCUACAGAGUCAUUAUAGCAAUGUUACUGCUGUCGUGAAAGCCGUCAGUUUUUAUGAAGCAUGUAUCAGUCUCCCAGAAAACGACCCAACUAAAGGAAAGACAUUGAUUGAUCUCAUCCACAAGUUUAUCCCAUGGCCAAUGAUUGAUCCCAAAUGGAACGAAACCAAGUUCAAGCUUGAGGUCCUACUGGCAAAACUGAGUCGAGAGAUCAACGUAAACCCUUUUAUCGACUCAAGUGUUCGCACUGAUAUGAAAAACAGCAGUCAGUUUCUUAUUCAUAUAGGACAGUCAUUUGAAUUUGGCCUUUUUCUCGGACAAUUUCGGUACAACAGCAGUUUCUCAAUGAAGGGGCGUAAAGCGUAUAAAGAACUUAUUCAUAAGAUGGCAGUGUUUCUUGGAGCAAAGAACGAUACACAGACGAGUAAAUACGUAGAGGACAUAUAUAAAGUAGAAUUUGACAUAGCAAAUGCCGCGACAGGAUACAAAGUUGUACAGAACGAGGAAAAGUACUAUAACAAGAUGACAAUAGGCGAAUUAAUAAAACAGACAGAAAUAAACUGGUUGGCAUAUUUUAAUGAGUUAUUAAGCAAGACGCAUUACCGUGUYGAUUUGGAAACACAGAUUAUUGUAUCAGAUUUGCCUGGCAUCAAGAAAAUCAUUAAAAUUCUGAAGAGUCUGCSAAAACGAACACUCUUAAACUACCUGGGAUGGAGGAUAAUUCGUAAUGAGAACUUAUACCAAUACACCAGCAAAGAGGCRUACAAGAUGAGGGAGAAAUUCCGGCGUGGAGCAUUUUCAGCCAUUACGUUCGACUGGAAACGAGAAUGCCGAGAUCUACUUCAGAAGUUCUUUCCCAUGGCUCUGGCGAGAGUCUUCGUGGAUAAGCACUUCCAUGGAGACGGCAAAAAGCUGGCAGAAGAUAUAGCUGCAUCYAUUAGYGCAGGCUUCCAGGAAACGUUGAGAAAUAGUGAAUGGAUGGAUUUCAAAACAAAAGCUGCUGCUAUUGAGAAGGUCAAAAACGUUUGGGGUAACUAUGGAUACCCGGAGUAYAUCCUUGACGAUAACGAACUUAACCAAGAUUAUAAACUUAUAAAGGUUUACAAAGAUUCCAUUUUUAAAACAAUUAUAUCAACAAUAUCAGCAAAAAGAAUGGAGGARCUUGAACAAAUACAAAGAAGAGAUGAUAAGACAAGAUGGUUAAAAGAUCCGCUUGGUUUUAGUCCUUCCUAUCUUCCAACAAGCAAUGCAAUGAAUUUUCCAGCAGCAUUUUUACAACCUCCUUUAUAUGAUCAAAGGAAUUUAAGGGCUGUCAGUUAUGGAGGCGUWGGAGCUAUUAUCGGCCAUGAAUUAAUGCAUGCUUUUGAUACUUUAGGUAAAUCUUACGAUAAAGAUGGUAAUUACAAGAACUGGUGGACUAAUGUGACUCUAGCUUUGUAUGAAAACAAGACGAAAUGUUUUGUGAAUCAGUACAACAGUUUUAUGUACAAAGGAAUACCGGUUAACGGUGAGAUGUCGCUGUCUGAAAACAUUGCCGAUGUCAUUGGAGUCGAAGAGGCUUACAAAGCGUACCAUCGUUUUAUUCACACUAAUGGAGGAGAAACUCGUUUGCCUGGAACGAUAUUCACCAACGAUCAAGUAUUCUUCUUAAGCUACGCAAGGAACUGGUGCAGAUUAAGUCAUCCAGAACAAGCUAUCUUUGAAGCUAACACUAUAUAUGCCCCAUCUCCAUUCAGAGUGAACGGACCUCUMAAAAACCUUCCCGCCUUUUCAAAAGCGUUCAAUUGUCCUGUUGGCUCAUUUAUGAACCCAAAAAAGAAAUGCUCAAUGUGGUAGAUCUAGGAGACAAUAAAUGCUGAGAACUUCAAGGAAAAACCCUGGCAAAUUAGAAUGAUGUUUAUUAUUUUGYUCAUGAUUCUUGUGAGAUCAGUCAUACAGACGUUCAUAUGUUGUUCGCAGUAGUGAAAUUUCCAACAGUUUUGUGGAACUGAUAAAAUAGGAAAUUCAAAGUACGUGUUCAAUAUGGGUAUUAUAUAUAGGACCUCUGUAGAUAACUUGGCACCUACUCCUUUAGACCGCUGUCAGGGGGGUGCAUGGUGGUGUUAAGCACAUGAUGUUGACCAUGGCCCUGCACAUACAGGAUUUAGAUAGUUUUUUUAUGAUUCGCUUUUAUGAACGAUUACAAAUUUAAGGAUGAACGGAGAUAAUGACUAGAUGCAGCUAGUGUACAGCGAAAACUCGAAUAUUUAUUUUAUAUCAAUUGUAGCAGUCAAGAAUAUGUAUUUAAUAUUGGUAUAUCAUGUUGGGCUUUGAGAAAAUUAUUCUUUAGGGUGAGGGGGAGGGGAUCUUUUGUAACAAGUGAACGAUCGAUUCAUUGUAACAUAAGAAAUAAAACUAUAAAAAACUCA